AUGACCUCGCAAUCUCGUUGCAAUAAGACGCAUGACACUCAAAUCGUUCCAAAAGAAUCGCGAUGCCAAAUCAUCUACAUGACGUAUCCAGUUUUCUAUGGAAAUGUCUUCCUUGGUCGGGUCAUACACGGGAUAUACAAGUUCGAUCACCUCAAUACGUCGGUGGAAAUUCGCAAGGCAAGAUGGCAUCCUGGUUCAACGGACGACUCCCAUCUUCUAGUUUUGACGUCCGAGAACACGUUUUGUUUAUACGAAUGCGAAUUCAGCAGCACGCCGAGGCUCCUGAAAUCUUGGAAAGUCGGUCGUAUGCCGCAUAAUUCGCCAUCGAAGAUACCAGAUUUUUCAUCUUUGGGCGACACCGCGGUGGAUUUCGACUUCGCCACGCCUACUCUCCGGAAACCGGAAAUGUUCACCGGCAAAGACAUUAACAAAAACAACGUGGUAGAUUGGAACCAGAUCGAAUGGCCCAUUCUGGUACUCCGUGGGAAUGGAGAGGUCCUCAUUGUUCGUGGCAACGUAUUGCUCGACAUUCAUGAAAUCCCGGUGGUGUCGAGAACGCUCUCCAUGUAUCCUCCAGCCGACGACAAUUACGGGAUAGACUCCUGUUCCAUCAUGUGUAUACAGACUACCCCGCCAAUAGUGGUAAUCGCCAUGUGCACCGGAAAGAUUUACCACGCACUCUUGUUAAAGGAAGAAACGAACGACACUGCCGAUAGCGAAAGGAUAACUUGGUCACAAAGUACUUCCGCCUAUAAUCUUCACACACCAGACGUGGCGCUCUAUGUCUACGAAUGUGUUGAAAUAGAAUUGGGACUCUUCUAUGCGGAUAACGACGAAAAGUACAAUUGUCCGAUACAUCUUCGCUGUGAUAAGAUUAACAAGUCCCGAUAUUUUUGCGCCCACAAUGCUGGGAUACACAUGAUUACCUUGCCAAUGGUCUCUGAAUUGGAAGAAUACAUUAGUAGUUCAGAAGACAACGAUGACGCCCGACUACCAUCAUUGUCGAAUCAGUCCAGCUCCCAAUACUUAAUUUGUAGGAGAACCAAGCAUACAGGAACAAACGAAGCCACCCCGAUUCUUGGUUUCGGGCUUCUUCAAGAGCCGUGUGUUCUGAUCGCGCUGUUGCAUACUGGUGAUAUAGUUGCCCGUUCUGUCAUUGAUCUACACUACUUUCCGAAAAUUGAACCACCAGAACCCAUAAUUAACACAGAGCAAAAGGUCAACAAAGAAGCAUUUGACGUGUGCAUAAAAAAAUUACUAAAGCAUGAGACUACUCAGCCAAUCAUAAAAAUUGGAUCGAAGUCGAUGUCACCGCGAGAAUGCUUACAGCUUUUAUAUCACGCAACUGAUAUCUUUCGCAAAGAGCACUUCGUCAGACACGAUAGCGUUAGAGAAGAAAUCGGUAAGAAAAUACGAGCAUUGAAAGUAAUGAAAACACAUCUACUAAAGGAGCUAGACAGUUUAAUAGAGGCGAAGAGGGAAUUGAAGCAUACUGCUGAACGUUUAGCUGAACGCUAUGAAGAUAUUAAAGAUGAACAAGAAAAACUGGCGCAAAGAGCGAAAGAAGUACUGCGGUUAGUAAAUUACAAGGAACCGUCUAUCACUCCCAUCGAGAGGGCAGCAGCUGAAGAAUUACGGAAAAUGGAAAGGAAAAUAGAGGACAUGAAGAUUAGACUCUUGGAACUAAAAAGGAAGUCUGAUCAGCAGUCUCAACACAUAGAAAACAAUGAAUGUAAUGAAAAGAGAAAAGAAAUUGUUUUUAAGGACGAUCAGGAAAAGACAAUACAAAAUAGCCUUGGACAGAUGGCAAAAGAUAUUAAAGAAUUAAUUGCAGAAGUUAAGAGACUCGAAGAGGAAGUGAGUAUUUAA